AUGCAGUCUCGUCUCUUCGCCCGCGAGACGGGUGACCUCGCUCCCCAUGACCUGGCCCAGGCCAUCACCUCUGGCCUCCUCCGCUCCUUUGCGCCAGCUCCGCAGCAUCGCUUCCACGGCGAGGCAGCGUCGUCUGCGGCCCAUCACAGACCCCAUCGUCUUCGCGCCCACGCAGAAGGCGUCGGCUGCCUCGCCCUCGACAAGUUUGACGGGCGCCUUCUGCUGUCUGGCGGUGCCGGAGGAUCCAUUAGGCUGUGGGAUUUGGAGGACUGCGUCAGCCCGCACAAGCUCCAUACCUUCAGGCCUGUGAGCACCAUUGCGCGGUCCACGCCGGACAGCAGGGCAGGUGGAGGCCACAGCCAUGGCAUCACCCAUCUUGCCUUCUAUCCCUUCGACCCCGACGCCUUCCUCUCGAGCUCGUACGACAAGUCGCUCAAGUUGUGGUCGACGGAUCGCGCAGCCGUAACUGCAGAGUUCCAUCUCAACGCCACCAUAUACUCGCACUCGACAAGUCCAGUCGCCGACCACCUGCUCGUCGCCUGCGCAACCCAGCAUUCCAACGUGCGCCUGGUGGACCUCAAGUCUGGCUCGGCCGUCCAGGCCCUCGUCGCACGCGGCGGCCCUGUGCUGUGCACGUCGUGGAGCCCGCGGCAUCAACACGUGCUUGUGAGCGGUCACGCCGACGGCAAGGUUCGCAUCUGGGAUGUCCGACGCGCCGGCGGCGUCAUUGCGCAGCUCGACCAGGAAGAUUCAUUGGGCGUCCUACACCGGUUCGGCCACGCCGCCGCUGCGGGCAUCGACUGGGCCCAGACAUCACACUUUCGAGCCUCGGCGCAGGCCCACGACGAGGCGGUCAACGGGCUGCAGUGGACUGAUGAUGGGCGAUACUUGCUGUCGGCCGGGCUGGAUCGGCGCGUCAGGGUCUGGGACGCCGCCACGGGCGCCAACACGCUGGCGAGCUUUGGCUCGCUCGUCCAGAACCAACACGCCAAGACGGCCAGCUUCUUUGUGUCGCCCUCGGCACUGUCGACCCAUGGGGACCUCCUCUUUUGGCCCAACGAGCAGGAGAUCCUCGUCUUUGACCUUCACAGCGGGGACAUGAUAACGCGGCUGCGGAGUCCCGGCUCGUCGAAUCCUGUGGGGCCCCGCGGAGCAGAGACGGGCAGGAACAGGAUCACGAGCAUUGUCUGGCGGGGAGCCGGCGGUGGUGGGCGUCACGUCGGCCCGGUCGCGGGGGGCGGCAACUCGGUUGGCGCCAUCUACAGCGCUCAUCUAGACGGGCAGAUUCGUGCGUGGAUGCCGCGCAUUCCCGGGCCAGACGACGUGGAUGAGGCCAUCGAGCAGGAGCCCGACGAGGACGACGAGGUCAAGAGUAAGAAGAGGAAGGCGGUAGACAACGCCUACCGCAGUUUGAUGGGAAAACAUAUUACAUUUACAUGA